CGGACCCGCUUAGUGUAAUGGAACUUGGGACUGUGGUUUAUUGUUAUGUAACGAAAACAUUAGAUUGGUUUGACCUACAGUCCGAGAUAGAAAGGAAUUUGUGGUGUAUAGGUGGUUAUAAAACUCUCCACAGAAAAUAUUUAAGUUGUUCAAUUUAUCUACAUAAAAUAGUGAGUUUUAUUUUAUUUUUAGGAACAAAAUGGUGCGGGGCUGGUAAUAUAGCCGAAAAUGACGAUGACUUUGGUACAGAAAGAGACACCGACAAAUGCUGUAGGAACCACGAUUACUGUCCAGAUGUAAUAGAUGGUUACCAAACGAAAUACAAUUUAACAAAUCCAAACUUUUUCACAAGGUUGCACUGUAAUUGCGACGAAGAAUUUCGUACAUGCCUAAAAUCGGUAAAUACUAAAACCUCCAAACAAGUCGGACAGUUAUAUUUUACUGCCUUAGGUACUCAAUGUUAUAGAGAAGAGUUUCCUAUUACUGGAUGUCUGAAAUAUACAUACUUUCCGACAAAGAAAUGUUUAGAAUACACUUAUGAUUACGGUCAACGAAUUAGUUAUCAGUGGUUUGACUUGCCUAAUUUUUAA